AAAAUGGCUUCAAGAAAUGUUCUUCAACACCAGACUAAAGGUGAGGUAGUUGUCCCUGGUGUAGUAAAGCAGAAAAAGAAUAUGGUAGCAGAAGGGAGAAACCGAAAGGCGCUUGGAGAUAUUGGGAAUCUGGCUACAGGCCGUGGAGUCGAAGGAAAGCCACUUCCUCAGGUAUCUCGCCCCGUAACAAGGAGUUUUUGUGCACAAUUGUUGGCAGCACCUGAAAAUCAGAAGAAAUCUGUGGCUGUUAAUGUAAAAGUAGCAAAUGUUGCUAAUGGAGCUCAAAAAGUACCUGUAGGAAGGAAACCAGCUCAGAAGAAAGCCACAGUUAAGCCAAAACCUGAGGAGAUUAUUGAAAUUAGUCCCGACACUCAAGAGAAACUGAUGGAGAAGAAGAUGCUUAGGAAGAAGCAGGCUGCUGAAGAUAUAACAAAGAAGAAAUCAACUCUUACUUCAACUCUCACUGCUCGAAGCAAGGCUGCAUGUGGUCUGAGUAAGAAACCAAAGGAGCAGAUUGUGGACAUUGAUGCUGCAGAUGUGAACAAUGAAUUGGCAGUUCUGGAAUAUGUUGAAGACAUUUACAACUUCUACAAACUAGCCGAGAGUGAGACAAGAGUUCAUGACUACAUUGAUUCACAGCCUGAGAUAAGCGAAAAAAUGAGAGCAAUUCUGAUUGAUUGGUUAAUUGAAGUCCACCACAAGUUUGAACUUAAUCCAGAAACUCUUUACCUCACAAUCAACAUUGUUGAUCGCUACCUUGCUGUGGAGUUUUCAUCAAGAAGGGAAUUGCAGUUGGUGGGCAUUAGUGCCAUGCUCAUAGCCUCCAAAUAUGAAGAAAUUUGGGCUCCUGAGGUCAACGACUUUGUGGGCAUCGCAGACAAAACUUACAGUCAUGAUCAGGUGUUAGCUAUGGAGAAACAAAUUCUUGGGAAACUGGAAUGGUACCUAACAGUCCCAACACCUUACGUGUUCCUCGUACGUUUCAUCAAAGCUUCUCUGCCUGAUUCAGAAAUGGAGAACAUGGUAUAUUUUCUGGCUGAGCUGGGGUUGAUGAAUUAUGCAACCGUUAUCUACUGUCCAUCAAUGAUUGCUGCCUCAGCUGUCUAUGCUGCUCGACACACCCUCAAUUGGACACCAUUUUGGAAUGGGACACUUAAGCUGCACACUGGUUUCUCAGAGUCUCAAGUAAUAGAGUGCGCAAGGCAGUUAGUCAGCUAUCACUCUGAGGCUGCAAAUCACAAGCUUAAGGUGAUUUACAAGAAGUACUCAAAUUCUGAGAGAGGUGCUGUUGCAUUAUUACCUCCAGCCAAAUCCCUGUUGGCUGCAUCAGCAUCAUCAUGCUAGCUGAAGCUGCUGCCUCAAAUGCAAGAAUCCCCUUAUUACUACUGACUGGGAAGAUGACUUAAUUUUUUCUGUUUCAUCAAUCAAGAAAUCCCCUUUGUUGUUGCCCCCCCUUUUAUUUGGUUUCUAUAAAUAGUACUACUUGAGCUCCAAGUAGUGUGACUAAAAUGAUAAAUGGAAC